CUUUUGUUUAUUUGAUUUUUCGUGGACCAGAUCUGACUGACAAUUUCCUUCAAAUCAAGUCAUUACACCAACCGGUCACCAACGGAAAAACCAAACAAAUACCUUUCGAAGCAAACUUUUUAAGCAGAGAGAGAGAGAGAGAAGCAGCAAAGAUGGUGAUGGAUAGGGUUUCCGCAUUAUUGUUGAGUGUCUUGGUUCUGGGUUGUGGGUAUUGUUUUGAUUUGGGUCAUGGCAGACAGUUGAAUUUACUAAGGAUGAGGAUUCCUGGAGACCCUAGCGAUUGCAAGGGCUUUCAAAACAGCGUGGAGAUUGAAAGCCUCGCGAGAUUUGCUGUUCAAGAACACAAUAAGAAACAGAAUGCUCUUCUUGAGUUUGUGAGGGUGCUGAAGGUCAAAGAACAAGUAGUUGCUGGUAAGUUAUACUAUCUUACUCUGGAAGCAAUUGAUGUUGGUCAUAAGAAGUGGUAUGAAGCUAAAGUAUGGGUGAAGCCAUGGACGAACUUCAAACAGUUGGAGGAAUUCAAACAUGCUGAAAGUGAUCUUUCCUUUACACCUUCAGACCUUGGUGUGAUACAAGGUAACUAAAGACACUGCUAAAAUUUGAUCUGCUUCUGAAAGUGAGGAGAGGAAUUAAAGAAGAAAAUUUGGGGGUUGAAGUAACUAGAUGCUAUAGUAUGUUAUAAAGGUGUGGCUUGCUCUUCCUACCUGGUACAUUAUAUUUGUCAUAUAGAACAGAUAAAGACAUGACUUGAUUAUGCUUGCUUUGAUGUUUUGAUCUGUAAAUAUUGAUGCCCGAGGGGUAUUUCUCAUAUGAAUUGCCAUAUAAAUCACAUGUAUAUAUGUCAUUGACUGUAAUAAAAGUAACUUGUGUUGUUA